AUGUUGGCCCCGUUGACUUUUGUUGCUUUGGCAAUUAUCGGCAGUGUUUCUGCACAGACUGCUGCUGGCUACCAGCAGUGCGGAGGAGUCAACUUCUCCGGCCCCACCGCCUGCGUGAGCGGAUACCACUGCGAGAAGCUCAACGACUACUACUCCCAGUGCCUCCCCGGCAGCGCCUCAGGCACCACCUCCGUGGCCACCAGCUCGUCCACCACUACCACAAAGGCCUCCUCCACCACCACCGGCACCCCGACCACCAUCACCACCUCCGCCGGCACCCCGACCACCAUCACCACCUCCGCCGGCACCACCAGCGCCAUUGCCAGCGCCACCGGAGCAGGGCCCGGCGCCACCCUCCUGCCAAACUACUACUGGAUCCGCGCCGUCGUGGACCCAAACUUUCAUAAGUACUUGCAAUCCUCCACCCUCCGUACUGCGUCUGAUGCCGUCCUUGAGGACGCCUCCACCGCCGGCCAGUUCAACAUCGUCAACGGCCAGCUCGUGCAGCUCAUCGACACCGCUGGCACCCUCCUGUACGCGCACGUCACGCCGCGCACCGACACCUCCGUCACCAAGCUCCUCGUCACGUGGGGGACCACGCCGGACACGUAUGGCACGUGGGCGUUCUCAGGUGAUACCACGACGUGGUCGACGCCGGGAAUCACGAGGCAGAAUAAUGCGGCGUUCUUGGUCUGUGAGGAGCAGAGGGUGUAUAUCAACUUGGGCGCGUAUGCGUAUAUGACGCCGGCGGGGUGCGCGGAUCAGACGGUGAGUGGUUGUGCGGGUGGGCCGCGGUGGGCGGCGGUGGUGGUGGUGGGGGUGUGGGUGAAUGUGACUGUGAGUGUGAGUGUGGUGCUGACGGGUGUGUGUGUGGGGACGUGUAGAUUCAUUAUUAUAAUGGCGCGACGGCGAAUGUUUAGAUGGGGGGUUAUCGUGUGGAGUGAGGCGGACGGUGGAGGGUAG